CUCUCUCUCCCUCUGUUUUUAAAAAUGUCUGCAGAUUUACGUGAUGAACAUGGGAAUCCAAUUCAGCUUACGGACGAACACGGCAGUCCUGUUCAAUUAACCGAUGAGUAUGGUCGGCCAGUACACAUUACAGGGGUUGCCAAACCAGCAUCGUUUGGCACCGGUGCCGGAGGUCAGCAGAAGCUUCAUCGCUCCGGCAGUUCAAGCUCUAGCUCGUCUGAGGAUGAUGGGCAAGGUGGGAGAAGGAAGAAAAAAGGGCUGAAGGAGAAAAUAAUGGAAAAACUGACAGGAGGAAAGCACAAAGAUGAUCAGGAAGAACAAGAACAAGAACAAGAAGGCAGCGCUACCGGCCGGACCACCCUGGGCACCUACUACACCACUCCGGGAAAACAGCAUCAGGAAGAGCAUGGGAAGAAGGGUAUACUGGAGAAGAUCAAGGAAAAACUACCUGGUCACCAUAACGAGUAGGACUACAUAAAUAGGUGCUUACAUUGUGUGUGUGUG